UACUUGCUACGUUUUAGCCCUUGUUUCAAUUUCCACGUGCCUGAUACUUCUUUCGAUAGGAAGAUGUAGUACUUUGAGAAAGAUUACGCAUUUGCGCUAUCAGUUGUUGGUAACUUCAUUUUAAAACUAGCAAAUUUUUGCAAGUAGAAUGUUUUCGAUAUUUAGUGUGAGCUCGUGUGAUUUCCCGUCAACGUGGAAAUCGUUGACAAAUAGCCAAAAGACAGAAGCCGGGUCCCAAACUGACGUGAUCGAACAGAAGGAAGCGAAAAUCCAAGUGAUUAAGAAGGUACACGCUGAGAUUCAGGCAGGUAGCAGUGACAUGAUACCGAAAAAGUCAACACAGAAGCAGUAUGACAAGCCAUCGUUGUACGCCUUUCUUAAGCGCGCUACACCGAUUAUGAUUCAGGAACUCGAACGUAACGCUCGAAGUGCCGCUUUCCGCCACCUGCAGCAACGAACUCGGCAGCAGCAUCUGGAACAGUUGAACGUUUUAGAAUAUCACGAAGCCGCUCGUGACUACGCUGCCCUCAGUGUGGCUGUGUCUAAUAUAAGAAGUACGGAACUGGCAGUCGGUUAUGGUACGACCCAACAUGUAGACUGGUGCGACCAUCGCGCGAAAUUGGUUCUAUUCAAACGAAAAGAUCUCUCAGCCAGGCCAAGAGUAUAUGACAUGGAUUCAUGCGUAUCGUGUGUUGCAUACAACGAUCGAAAACCUAUACUAACUUGUGGAAUGUACACCGGAGAAGUGCUCAGCUGGGAUGGAGAAGAACAGCUUCAAGUGGGGGGUCGCCAUUCUGGACGAGUAAGCAGUCUUCAAUGGAGGCCUAUUUACGAAGGAAAGCGCUUACUUUCCGCGGGCGUCGACGGCGCUAUCAAACUAUGGAAGAUUCGCGAUAAGGUGAGACCUACUACUUAGCGAAUAUUAUUAUCAG